UGCUUCCAUGAUUUGUUCCCGCCAAAUUUCUCAUCUUACUAAAUGCCAACAAGUGGUGAGAAACAUCUCAAAAUGUACGUUAAAGUGAGAACAAUGGAUGGUAAACAGGAGGCGAUAUUAACUAUCUCCAAAUUGACGGAGGUGGAAGAGUUUAAACGUGAAAUUGAAAAGGAGCUACAUAUAAAAGCAGAUUUACAACGAUUAUUCUUUCGUGGAAAACAAUUAGAAUAUGGUUAUAAACUAUAUGAUUAUAAUGUUAAUUUGAAUGAUGUAAUUCAAUUAAUGGUGAAAAUAGAAAUUAAUGAUAUAGAAAAUAAAGCUACCUCGAGUAGUAGUAUUACUACUUCUAAUUCUAAUUCUAAACAAGAAAUUAUAGAUAAUUUUAACAAAGAAGAAAAAUUAGUUGAAGCAGAAAGUUUAUAUUAUAAAGUUGGAGAUGCAAUAGAUUGCCUUGACCAAACUUAUGGAGCUUGGUUUGAGGCAAUAAUAUUAAAAAUUUUUAAAAUGGAAGAUAAAAUUAUUUAUAAUGUACAAUGGGAAUUUGAUGAUAAAGCUCCACCUUUUAAUGUACCUGAGUCAUCAGUAAGACCACGUGCAAGAUGUCUUUUACAAUUUCAUAGCUUAAAAAUAGCUCAGAAAGUAAUGAUUAAUCACAAUGUUGAUGAUCCUAAAGAAACUGGAUUAUGGUAUGAUUUUACAAUAUCAAAAAUAGAUAAAAAAAGAAGAGCACAAGAACUUAUUGGAACAUUGCAUAUUGGAAGGGAUCAACCACUUGAAAAUCAUAAAGUGAAUCCUAAGGGAGAAAUUUUUGCCAUUGAAGAACCAAAACUUCUUAAAGAUAGAAAUCCUGAAGAUGAACAACACUUUAUUAGUAAUGGUAAAAGAAGACGUAUGCAAGCUAGUUGUAAUGCUUGUUUAGACAAUCCUCGCAAGAAAUGCAGGGAAUGUGGUUGUAGAGUCUGUGCUGGAAAAGAAGAUGAACAUAAUCUUCUUUUGUGUGAUGAAUGUAACUCUGCAUAUCAUUUAGGCUGUUUGAAUCCUCCAUUGUCAUCUAUACCUGAAGAAGAUUACUGGUAUUGCCCAGAAUGUAAAAAUGAUGAAAAUGAAAUUGUGAAGGCAGGUGAUAAAUUAAAACAAACAAAGAAAAAGACAAAUGAAAACAGUAAUAGUAAAAGAGAUUGGGGUAAAGGAAUGGCAUGUGUAGGAAGAACAAAAGAGUGUAGUAUAGUUCCACCCAAUCAUCGUGGACCCAUACCAGGUGUAGAAGUUGGAAUGUGUUGGAUGUAUAGAGUACAGGUAUCUGAAGUUGGAGUGCAUAGACCACAUAUAGCUGGAAUUCAUGGAAGAGAAACAGACUGUGCAUAUUCUAUUGUACUAUCUGGAGGUUAUGAAGAUGAUAUUGAUAAUGGUGAUGAAUUUAUUUAUACUGGUUCUGGAGGCAGAGAUUUAUCAGGGAACAAAAGAACAGCUGAACAAAGUUGUGAUCAGAUGUUAACUAGAAUGAAUAAGGCAUUGGCUGUAAAUUGUAAUGCAAAGCUUAAUGCAAUAAUCGGCGCUACAGCUGAAAAUUGGAGAGGUGGUAUACCUGUAAGAGUUGUGAGAAAUUUCAAGCUCGCUAAACAUAGCAAAUAUGCACCGGAAGAAGGCAAUAGGUAUGAUGGUAUAUACAAAGUAGUAAAAUAUUACCCAGAUACAGGCAAAAGUGGUUUUCGUGUAUGGAGAUAUUUAUUAAGGAGAGAUGAUCCAGCACCUGCACCAUGGACUAAAGAUGGCAAAGCUCGUAUAGAAGCUCUUGGUUUGAAACCAAUGUAUCCAGAUGGGUACUUAGAAGCAAUGGCAAAAAAUAAAACUAAUAAAAAACGAAAUGCAUUUAUGGACGAAGAAAAAUCUACUACUUCAAAAAAUGAAGGACCACUAAAGAAAAAACAGAAACGUGAAGUUUAUGAAAUUGAAAGUGAAGUAAUGAAAUAUAUAGAAGAAGAUCAAAUAAAUGAAAAAUUAUGGAGCGAAUGUCGUGAAGCUUUACCGAAUGGUAAAACUGUAUUCUUACAACAAGUUUCAGAAAGAUACACGUGUCCCUGCUGUUUGGAACUUGUUUAUAAUCCAGUCACAAUUCCGUGUACACAUAAUAUUUGUCUUAAUUGUUUAAAACGUAGUUUUUCGUCCGGUGUACAUUGUUGUCCAUCGUGUCGUCAUUUAUUAGACAAAAUUAUAAGAUGGAAGUUAAUCAAUCUUUAUCAUGCUCUAUUAUUGCUGUAUCCAGGAUAUGAAGGUGGCAGAUAACAUUAACUUUUGUAAAAUGAUAAUAUUUUUCAAUUAUGAAUUUACAUAUACC